AUGAAAGUUGCCAAUCAUGAUAAGGAAAGUAUUGGGAAACCCCAAAAAAUCUUCACAAAAGACGGAAAGAAAUACGGCGUGUGUGACAUUUGUAAGAAGAGCGUAGCGAUCGCAUCGUGGAGGCGUCAUUCUCGAUCCCACUCGACAGUUAAAAGAUAUAGUUGUCAUAUAUGCGGACUAGGUUUUAACGACAGCGGAAAUCUAUCGAGACAUCGUAAAGCUCUACACAGCGAACAUCGCCCGCACGCAUGCAACAUCUGCCACAAAACCUUCUCAAGAAACAGCCAUCUUCAAGAGCAUAUAAGAACUCAUUCGGACAGUCGAGAUUAUAUAUGUGAUAUGUGCGGCAAAGCGUCGAAAUCUAGUGCCGCUUUGAGAAUGCACAGAAAAAUACACCUUAAUGAAUAUAGAUUUGGUUGUAUUUACUGCGAAUCUAGGUUCAGGAGAAGGGGGGAGUUGCUUGUACACGUGUCCGUGCACACAGGGGAGAAAGCCCACGUGUGCGGUUGCGGCAAGGCCUUCCGCCUGCGGAGCCAGCUGGCCAACCACACGAGGAAGCAUAUUCAUGAAAUACAAGCAAUGAAGCAGGACUUGGUGUGA